CGUCCCGACUGAACUGCAUCUCCCACUUCCAACAAUAUUACGGAGGCACAUGGGAUUGCAGUACUUCUUUUGAUCAGCAAUGACGAUGAGGGGGGUUUCCCUUUAAAUACUUCAACUCUGAGGAACUUUGUUAGUGGAACAUUGCAUCUCUGCAGGACGGGUGUCAGGUUACGGAGUUUAUUCGCUAUCUCCCUCUCAAAAGUUUACUGUUGUUCCAGCAGUACCUGUUUUACGAUGAAUUCAAAGGAAAAAGACCCAAGAAAAUGGGAGACUGGAGUUUUUUGGAAAAACUCCUUGAUGAAGUACAGGAACAUUCGACUGUGAUUGGCAAAAUCUGGCUCACCGUCCUCUUCAUCUUUCGGAUUCUGAUCCUGGGCACGGCCGCAGAAUACGUCUGGGGUGAUGAGCAGUCGGAUUUUAACUGCAACACGGGGCAGCCAGGUUGCGAGAAUGUCUGCUACGACAAAGCCUUUCCGAUCUCACACGUCCGCUACUGGGUGCUGCAGAUCCUCUUCGUGUCAACGCCUACGCUUAUCUACUUGGGCCACGUCCUGCACAUAUCAAGGAAAGAAGAGAAAUUCAAGCAGAGAGAAGAGGCGUUGAGGUCCCAGCCGACCAAGGACAGCCAAAUUGAACUCCUUGUCAAAGAGAUUGCAAUAAAGAAGCAAAAGUAUGGCAUUGAUGACUCGGGGAAAAUUAAAAUUAAGGGAGCACUAAUGCUCACCUACACACUAAGUAUUUUCUGCAAAAUGAUAUUUGAACUGAGCUUUUCCUUUGGCCAGUGGUACUUAUAUGGCUUUACAAUGCCAGCAAUUUAUGUCUGUCAAAGAAUACCCUGCCCACACAAAGUGGAUUGCUUUAUAUCUCGUCCUACGGAAAAGACUAUUUUCAUUUUAUUUAUGUAUGCAGUAUCUCUGAUAUCACUCGUGCUAAACCUUCUAGAAAUAUUCCAGCUCGUCGGCAAGUGUAUUAUUAAAAACAUUCAGGCCAAACCCCACAAGCGGAUCUAUCUAAAACCCUCUGACUUUCCAGGGACUCCCUAUAUGGAAAAGGAAUCGUUGCCAAUGGAGUACAUGUACACAACUGUGGAAGGGGCCCACGGGCAUUACCAAAGCUGCAACAAGUCUUCUUCUGAACAGAACUGGACGAACUACACUACAGAACAGAGACUGGCAGACCACAUGGUCAAUCCCAUGCCUUAUAACCUCUUGAGGGAUGUCCCUGAAAUGGUAGAACAAGCCUCAAUACAAAGGCCAAGACCUGUGAGUCCAGCCAGCAGUCAAAGCAGCAGAAGGAGGCAAGAUGACGUUGCAAUCUGAUUUGGGUGAACGUUACUUUUUGAAUGCCGGCUAUUUAAGAAUGGUUAUGCUGUACAAGUCUUUUUCAAGACUUUUAGUUAUAAGCGAUGGGCAAAAUUGAACAAGGAGGUCUACAUCCAAUGUGAACUUUAACGCAUGGAAUCAUUUAGGUACAGUGCUGUGAAGAAUGCAACUGUGCUAAAUUGAAGAUAAAGCACGUGUUUCAUAUUAAAUCAAUGAAUGGAGCUAUUAUUACACGUAAUUUAUUUCCAACUUACUGUGUCUCGCAGAUGAUCUGGGGAGGAAAUGUAUUCUUGGACUAAGUGCAGCAAAAACGAAUUUUGGUCGGUCAGAGCUAUUCACACGAUCCCACGGGCUUUAUUUAAUUAUAUGUCUAACCAAUAAGCAUUCCUGUACAGCAUGCCAGCAAUCUUUAAGGAAAGUUUUGUCGAGGAAUGUUGAUGUCUUAUUUAUUUGUUUUACCGAUCUUUGACACCUAUUUUGAAAAUAUUUUUCUCGACCUUCUGCUUGGGUAUCUCUCUUGUGACAUUUCCUAAUUGAGAUGCUGGGGUGUGUGAGAGACAACUGCUAACACGCCUUUGUCAAUGCUGGAAGGCAUACAGGAAUGCAUUUGGGUGAGUUGGGCUUCAAACUCCAAUUGGUAACAUUUUCACCCUCACCUUCCCUUGCCACUACAUUUUGACACUCACAAAGUAUUGACAGCCAAGUGCCCUUCACUCAGUUCAAGGGAAAAUCUUGCAUUCACCAUGAAUCAAUAAAAAACAAGAAACAGUUAAUGACAUAAAUACAGCAAGCUUGGUACGAAUAGAUUUAUUUAUUAGCGCUGGUAGAAUAAAGAAUGUUCUGGUGUUAGCGACACAGUAUUACAUGUCAUCCCACAUACAUUCUGUCAAGCCACAAGUGAGAUUUCAUCCAUUGACAAUGAGAACAUUUUGAGGUAUAACUAAGAUCUGAGAGGAAUCAGCAAGAAAUAUUGCAGCCUAAACACCGUAGAUACAAUUCUUGAUGUGUGCAAAGGAGAUUUUGAGGCAUUUUGCCAGCUUGUCGAACACAUACUGGUGACAUUUAUUUGGUGCCUAUGCUAGAUCCAUGUCCCUGCAGGCUCCAAACUGGUGCAGGAUUGUGAGCACUCUUUAUCAUUAAGAACCCAUUCUUCUGAAAGCUUUUUGAUUACUGAAUGGGUUCAUUGUACAGUAUUGUAAUUGAAUAUUCUUCAGCAGGGAGUGACAUCUUAAAGUAGUGUACAUAUAAUUCAUUGGCUAUGAUUUUACACUCUCAAGUAAUAAAUGAGAUAUAUUGGAAUCGGAGAUGCAGACUCUUCAUUUAAGAGAAAAUGGGAAUAUCAUGGAAAAUCAAUGAAUAUUUUGUGGUAAUUUCAAAAUGCAACAAAAAAUCUGCCUCUGGCCUCAAAUCCCCAAACGCUCAGCCUCAAUCUUAUGUAUUAUUUACCAAUUUAUGAAUAUGAUUAUUGUUCCUAAUCCUCAAUGCUUGUGCUUCCCUCAAUUCAAAAAUAGGUGCUCUUCCUCCUUUAUGUAUUGUACCACUGAGAGCAAAAUGCUUAAUUUUCUCUUCCACCUUCUCUCCUUUUGCAUCAAAACUUUACAUUUCUCACUUGUCUUCAUGUCUUCACUUCCUCCUCCGACUUGCUGAAUUUGUACCUUCAAGUGUGGGGUAUCUAUCACCAAGUUACUUCAAAUAUGCUCAGCACAGUGGCCUUUCAUGUGAGUUUCUCUAUAUUUAUAAACUUUUACUAAAUACCAAGAGAUUCUCCAUUUUGUAAAUCAAAACUGUGACCCCACAUAGCACGGAACAGAACUGAGAAAAAAAAAUUACCGCACAUUUUAAAAUAAAGUUACAAUUUAUUUGGAGAUUAAUUGGUUGUACAUCUUUUAUUAAAGCCUCAUGUGGGGCCUACAGUUAAAAUAUAUCACAAUACACAGAAUAGUUGCCUUUAUUUCAGCAAAUCGUUCUUCAUGUCACCUAAUGCCAAGAUAUUCAGCAAAAGAAUGAAAGACAAAUUGACAAGCAAUGCAAGAUAUCAAUGUCUGUGUGAAAACUGGUUCAUUGGUGGUGACUUGUACUAGAAAUUAAAAAGGCAGAUUCUGAGAUGAAAUAUUAUAUCCUGAAGUUACUUUCUUUGUACUUUUGGCACAAUUGCAGCCAUGUUACUGAAUUUUGAAUGGAGGAAACCCUUGACUAUCAAUUCUGUAAAUAAUAUUUUGAUUAAAUACCAUAUUAGUUGAAGUAUUAUGUAGAAUUUGAUUGUGUUUUAAUUCUUGAUGUCCUUUGAACUGCUGACCAAAAAUAAAACUUAAGAAGCAUAAGCAAUGA